AUGUAUGAUCCUAGAAAAAAAGUUUUAUGGUUUUCAAUAGUAAGUCGUUUAGUAUUGAUAUUAUUGCAAUUAGUAUUUAAUUUACUAUGCCCAGAUCAUGAUGCAGAUGCAUUUACUAGUCCAAUAAAUCCAAACGAUGGUAUAACAAUAUAUGAUAAAUUGAUAACAAUAUUAUUUGGCGGUUUGACUAGAUGGGAUGGACAAUAUUUUAUCCAUAUCGCAAGAUAUGGUUACACAUAUGAAAAUACCUUAGCAUUUUUUCCGUUAUAUCCAAUAUCUGUUAGAUGCGUAGCUAGACUAUUAAAAAAAUUAUUAUUUGUAUUUAAUGACAAUAGCGUUAUUUUAAUAGCCGCAGUAUUAAUUAAUUUAGUUUGUUUUAUUAAAUCAUCAAUAAUAUUUUAUGAUUUAAGUAAAAAAGUACUUGGUAAUAAAGUGACAGCGUACAAGGCAUCAAUAUUAUAUUGUAUUAAUCCAGCGAGUAUUUUUUUCACAUCUGCAUAUUCAGAAUCAAUGUUUGCUUACUUAACAUUUUAUAGUAUGAUCGCUUCUAUUAAUAAUAAUAGAUUUGUCUGUUUACCUAUCGGUCUUUCCGUUAUUGUAAGAUCGAAUGGAAUUAUUAAUAUUGGAUAUCCAUUGUAUUAUUGGAUAAAAGAAUUAUUUAACACAAGUUUACCUAAAAUAAUAUCCGAAUAUCGUAGACCGUCAAUGCAGUCUGGUCUACUUAUUGAAUUACUAAAUUUUUUUUCUACUUUACUUUGGAUAUUUAAUACUAUUUUAUUGUCAUUAGUGCCAUUUGUUUUGUUACAAAUAUAUAAUUACAUAUUAUUUUGCACUGAAAGAGUUAAUGCAACACAAUAUGUACCUGCUCAUGUUAAUAAUUAUGGUUUAAUAAAUAAUUUAGUAAUGCCGGGUAAAAAUAAGUCACCUUGGUGUAGUAAAACAGUACCUAUAGCUUACUCGUAUGUCCAGCAAAAAUAUUGGAAUGUUGGUUUAUUUAAAUAUUAUCAAAUAAAACAGAUACCUAAUUUUUGUUUGGCGCUGCCCAUUUUUUAUAUCAUGAUUCGAUGCAUCAUUGAAUAUUAUCGUGAAAAUAAAAAACAGAUACAUAAAUUAAAAUUUUUAGAUGUAGAUAAUUAUGAAAAAGUGACGAUAAAAAAACGUUAUCCAUUACAAAUGUUUCCAUUUAUUAUUCAUGGACUAUUUUUGACGAUAUUUUGCAUUUUAUUUGUUCAUAUACAAGUAAGCACUAGAUUAUUAGGAUCAGCUAGUCCAUUGAUGUAUUGGUUUUGUGCAAAUUUAAUGUCACAUAGAAUUAAAAAUAACGAUAAAGAUUUUUAUGAAAAUUCAACAAAUGCAUUUUCACGGUGGAAAGUUUUUUUUAUGGCACAAAAACGAUACUCAAAACGUGAUAAACUUAUAUUAAUUUAUUUUUUAGGAUACACAACGAUAGGAACUUUUAUGUAUUCAAAUUUUUUACCAUGGACUUGAAAUUUAUAUAUUUGUAUAU